GAGAGAGAGGAGGAGAGAGAAGGACAUGAACGACUGAAACCUUUUGUACAUCUUAUAUAUCUAUCUACAUUUUAGAAUACAAAGCUUUCUUUACAGAUUUCGUAAUGUGUCACUGUUCUUCUUCGAGCGGUCAUCGGUCCGCGAUUGGAGGUCUUCGAUCUUUAUCCUUGGAGCUAUAAGGAUUGUCGAAUUGAAUUCUUGAAGUUGUUUUCGUAGCAGACGGCCUUUUCUUGACGAUAAAUUUAGGGAUUUCUCUUCGUCGGAUCUGAUUUUCAUAACCUUUUCGAGGCUAAUUUCUUGCUUAAUUCAAGAUGUUUUGGCGUAUGACAGGAUUGUCAACUUCGUCUCCAGUGGAGACGAUUAUGGAUAAAGAGAACUUUACGCUGGAAGAUCUACUCGAUGAAGAUGAAAUAAUUCAAGAGUGCAAAUCUCAGAACAGCCGCUUAAUUAAUUUCUUACGCGAAAGAGCUCAGGUUGAACAGUUACUACAAUAUAUAGUGAAAGAAGCUCAUGACGAGGAUGCGGAUAAGACAAGAAAUUUUAAGUUUCCUUAUGUUGCCUGUGAAAUUUUUACAUGUGAAGUUGAUAUCAUACUCAAAGCUCUGGUUGAAGACGAGGAGUUGAUGAAGCUCCUAUUUUCCUUCUUGGAACCAGAACACACUCAUAAUACAUUAUUGGCUGGUUAUUUUAGUAAGGUUGUCAUCUCCCUGUUGUUGCGGAAGACAGUUCCUUUCAUGAAUCAUAUUCAAGAUCACCCAGAAAUUAUAAGGAAGCUGGUUGAUCUUAUUGGAAUUACAUCGAUCAUGGAGGUGCUAAUUCGUUUAAUUAGUUCUGAUGAACAUCUUUAUACUAACUUUACGGGCUCCAUGAAGUGGCUAGAAGAUACAGAUGUGCUGGAGAUGAUUGUGGACAAGUUCAGUUCAUCGGAAUCUCCUGAAGUACAUGCUAAUGCCGCUGAAAUUCUUUGUGCUUUAACUCGAUAUGCUCCUCCAGGACUUGCAGCAAAAAUAUCUAGUCCCAGUUUUGUAGGUAGACUAUUGCAUCAUGCUUUGGGAGAUACUCGACCAAAUUCUGUCUUAGUCAAUUCUUUAACAGUAUGCAUAUCUUUGUUGGACUCCAAAAGGCUAACAAUGGGAACAUAUCAUAUAUAUAAUCGGUACAUGACACAUGGACCUACAGUAAGCCCCAACCCUGAGACAGUGGAGGGCAUGCUGGGAAGCCUGGGUGAUUUGCUCAAGCUUUUAGAUUCUCCAUCACAUGAAAAUGUGUUAGUAACUACAUAUGGUAAAUUGCAGCCGCCUCUUGGAAAACAUCGCUUGAAGAUAGUUGAGUUCAUCUCUGUCUUGGUGGCGGUUGGUAAUGAAAGUGCGGAAGGUGAACUAAUUCGCUUGGGAGCGCUAAAACAGAUUUUGGAGUUGUUCUUCAAGUAUCCUUAUAAUAAUUUCUUGCAUCAUCAUGUGGAGCAUAUUGUAGUCUCUUGCUUGGAGAGCAAAAACACUACGUUUACUGAUCAUCUACUAAAUGAGUGUAACCUAAUUGGAAAAAUACUUGAUGCAGAAAAGAACUUAUUCUUGGUUGUUGAACCAGCGGAGCCGACAAUACCUGCCGAAGGUAAAGAGCCACCCAGAAUUGGAAAUAUUGGGCACAUAACACGCAUUGCUAACAAAAUUGUUCAACUUGGGUGUAGCAACAGCAAUAUACUAGAACAUCUCCAGAAGAAUAGCGAGUGGGAUGAAUGGCAUACUAACAUCCUAUCCAAGCGGAAUGCCGUGGAAAAUGUUCAUCAUUGGGGAUGUGGGAGGCCAAAUUCUGUACAGGACAGGACAAGGGACAGUGAUGAUGAUGAUUACCAAGAUAGGGACUAUGAUGUCGCAGCUUUAGCAAAUAAUCUAAACCAGGCCUUUAAUGGUGGUGGCUACAGACACGAUGAAACUGAUGAGACUCAUGGAUCAAUUGAUCAAAUUGACGAGGAUAUCUACUUCGAUGAUGAGUCUGCUGAAGUUGUAAUAUCUUCUCUUCGUCUUGGAGAUGAUGACCAGGAGAGUGGCUCUUCGCUAUUUACCAAUUCAAACUGGUUUGCCUUUGAGGAUGGAAGAAUAGUGCCGGACAAUUCUGGUUACUCGUUUCCUUCUUCAUCAACUGUUGGGGAAGCCGACAAUAAUUCGGGUGAUACUGAAAUAUCCAAUGAUCCUGAACCACUGAUAAUGUCAGAAGUUCCUCCUCCGGAAGAGAUCAAUAAUAAUAAUAAUAAUCCUGAAUGGGUUGAAUGGAGGGAGCCGGCAGAAGAGAUGUCACCAUCUUCUUCUUCUUCUUCUCCGGUUGAGGAGGAGGAUAAGUCUUGUUUGGCAAGUGAUAGUGAAGUUGAGCCGAAAACAGAGUUGUCUACUAGUUGUUCUUCAGAGCCAGCUUUAAUAAUUGCAACCACUUCUACUAAUGCAGAAGAUGAUGUGGUUUCUGGAGAAGCUGAAAUUGAGAAAAAAGAUUAAGUUUAUGUAAAUUCUCAAGACAGAAACCCUAGACCCUACUACUACAAAGGUUAUUAUCUUAUUCUCUCCACUUUUACAGUAAGUAGUAAGUAGUACAUUGAAUGAUUUGAUUGAGCUUCCAUACCAGACAAAAAAGGAUUUUUUUUUUUUUUCUUUUUUCUUUCAUCAUAUUCCUCCUCCCCCCACAAAGGAAAAAUAAAAAAGGUUGUGAAGCAAGGAAGUUAGACAGUUGAAGAAGAAGAAGCAUGCAUGCUCUAAUGUGAUUUUUAUAUAUUUUUUUAGGCUGAAGUAAGUAAAAUACUUCCUGGCAUAUAUAACAUUUACACCCCUACCUAGGUUAAAACCAUAGACUUGGAUUAUGGGUAUAUUUUUGUAUAUUUCAGCUACCUUUAUUCAUUUCAUGAUAUGUUGUCACUUUUCUAGACAGUACUCAAAUUACUCUUUCUGGAAUAAUCUCUCUGUAUUUGUUUCAUUAUACUCUUCUCUCAUAUCCAA